UUAAGCCGCGGGCAGGAGCCUCGUGCCUCAUUCAAGCAUUUUUAGGGUUGUUUGAUCGCGUUGCUCUCCCUGCCCGCGCUCUAGAAAUUUCGCUUCCAUCGAUCCCCUUUUUGGCUGGUAAGCUCGCUCGCUCGAUCGGAUUGUUUUUUGUUUUCGGCGCUUGUUUUGGCGCUCUCCACGCGGUUUGCCGAGAGAGAAUCGGGAAUGCCGCCGCUGGGGUGAGAAAUGAGGGCCGAGGAAUCGGGGCGAGAGGCCAUGGCGGAGCGUCCCAAGCUGCUCUAUGUGAUCGUGCACGAUGAGGCGCCGAGCGAUCAGGGAUCAAAUGUGGAUCAAGAUUGGAGCCAGAAGAAGCGCUUGCCCUCUUCUCGGUACACUCGCGCUGCCUUGCAGAGCACUCUCCAGUUUAUGGGCUGUAAGGCACGCCAUGCAUUCAAGAUCAGCGUGAGAGUUUUCGAUGUGCUACGCGUGGAACCGCCCUCCAAGGUUUUCGAGUACCAUGGCUAUCCAGUGGAGCAGCAAGAAAUCGCGGAGGAGUUCCUGGAGCAGUCGAGCUUCCGGAAGCCUCCAGCGUCCCGAAGCAAGAAACGCUCCAUGGUGGUUAUCGGACGAGAGAAAUUCCUGGAUGUUGUGUGCGAUGCUUUGGCACAAUAUCAAUACGUUGGACCGAAUCAAAGGGCCGACUUGAUGCUUGCGUGCCGAUACAGGGAGCGCAAGUCUUCAGUCACGGUUCUUCUUUGCGGCACAAGCGGCUGCGGUAAAUCGACUUUGUCUUCCCUGCUGGUAAGUCAGAUCGAUGACGUAGUUCUCUGGAUUUAUACCCUGGUUGUUCUGUUUUCCCAGGCUAGCCGACUGGGAAUAACGACAGUGGUGUCCACGGACUCAAUUCGUCACAUGAUGAGGAGUUUUGCGGACGAGAAGUCGAAUCCUCUUUUAUGGGCCUCUACUUAUCAUGCUGGAGAAUUUUUGGACCCGGUUGCUAUCCGAGAGGCAACCGCUAGAAAGAAGGCGGGUACAAAUCAAUCAGGGUCAGUCGAGGAGAAGGAUCUGCAACAACAAGCAGAGGUGCCAGUCGAGAAAAACUCCUCGGAUUCUACUGCAAAGUCGAUGGUGGUCCAGGGAUUCAAAGCUCAGUGUGAGAUGGUCAUCGAUAGUUUAGACCGGCUAAUCACGUCGUGGGAGCACAGGAACGAGUCGGUAGUCGUCGAAGGCGUGCACCUAAGUCUAAACUUUGUGAUGGGCCUCAUGAGGAAGCAUCCUUCGAUCAUCCCGUUUAUGAUUUAUAUUUCCAACGAGGAGAAACACUUGGAGCGCUUUGCGGUCCGAGCCAAGUACAUGACUCUGGACCCGUCCAAGAACAAGUAUGCCAAGUAUAUACGGAACAUCAGGACGAUCCAGGAAUACUUAUUCAAGCGUGCGGACAAGCAUCUGGUCCCCAAGGUGAACAAUACAAACGUGGACAAGAGCGUAGCGGGGAUCCACGCCACCAUCUUUGCUUGUCUCAGGAGGAAGGAAGGCGGAGAGGCUCUGUGCGACCCGGCUACCAACACUGUCAAGGUGGUCGACCAAGAGUAUCAGAACCAGAGCGCCGCGUCGUCGCUGAGCUCCGAGUGUAUGUUCCAACUUAUCCAGCGCAAGGGGUCGUCGCAUCACCUUAUGGCUCUCAUGAACGUGGACGGCUCCGUGGCCAAGGCGUGGCCUAUAGAAUCGGUGGACGGGACAGGAAAGCUUUCCAACGGCGACAGUGCUCCAAAGUCGGGUCCCGUGAAUCUACAGUUUGGCAAUUUUGGUAUGAGUGCGUUUUCGACGGAGGCCGGGGAAACCAGCAGCAGUGGGGGUGGCGGUGAUGGUAGUUCUCUUUCGUCGAGCUCUCCCAGGCACGCGGAAGUGGCCGAGAAAGAGGCAGUCGAUGAAACGGCAGUAUUUGUAAGCGAGGAAGAGGAAGAGCCGGAAGAUGAUAAUCUCAGCCUUGAUAGCGAUGAGGAACUAGAUGAUAAGAAGGAAGAGCUCCAGCCAGACGAAGAGGUAGAAGGAUCCGUCAGCGAGAGCAGCGUUAGAUCAGACGAGGAAACAGAAGAUUUCAUCGACAAUUUUGGGGACAACGACGAUGGAUACUGGUCCGAGGAGGAAGUGUCGGAUAUCAUGGCCGCCCUCGAGUCCGGCAGUGGUGGCAACCACAGUGGCAGCGGCAAGAACUCGGUGCGCGCUGUGCAGCAGCGUCGCAGUACUGGUAGUAGAGCGGCAGUGGCGGCGGCGGCAGCGGCGAAACUGGACGAUGCAACUCCUCGGAUGGGUUUUGAUGUCUAUAAAGUUUGUGGCCAGCGCCAGAACUCAUCGUCGCACAAAAGCUCGCCUCCUCUCGUAGCGCCGUGUGCCAAGCAAAUGCUUCACACGCGGACGUCUAGCCUUCCAGUUCUUGGGGGGAGUCACCACCACCAUCGCCGGCGCUCCGAGGCAGACAUGGCCAAAGUUUGAUCCACCCAUCCAUCAGAAGCUUCUUUCCAAACGAGGAACAAAGCUCUUGGUGGAAGUUUUGGUGCUGUUUUCAAGCAUUGCGGGGUAUGUAGAACUUCUCGUUUCUCGUUUUUUUUUCUUUUCUUUUUUUCCGUUCUGGCACAUAGAAGAUGUGAGAAUGUUUUGUAAAGAGCAAGAGCAAAGCAGAAAAGAAAAUCUUUUUUA